GCAGCAAGCAUUGACUCGCUCGACACCCUCGAAGUCAUCUUAUUCGAAAGAACCAGAGCACCGGAUCCUUCUCCACACGACCGCCUCAGAGGGGACUGACGGCGGCUGCGCUGAGCUCCCUCUACUUCUCCUUCCACCAUGAGCUUGGAUCCCUUCACCAGGCUGGUGAAGCUCGCGGCGAGGGCGUUCUACGAUGACGUCUCUCUCAAGGGAGACAACCAGCCCAAGAACGGCAGAGGCGACAACCGAGGCAUGGCCGUUAUAGUUCUCGACGCCCUUACCAGACGCCAGUGGGUGAGGGAAGAAGAUUUGGCAAAAACAUUGAAGCUUCAUGCAAAGCAGCUUCGACGUAUUUUACGAUAUUUUGAAGAGGAGAAGCUGGUCAUGAGAGAUCACCGGAAAGAGUCGGCUAAAGGGGCGAAAAUAUUUAGUACAGCCGUGGCGGCCACAGGUGCUGGCCAACAAAUAGCUAAAGAUGUUGAAGAGAAGAUGAAGUUGCACACUCAUUCUUACUGUUGUUUGGACUAUGCACAGAUCUAUGAUGUUGUAAGAUAUCGAAUGCAUCGGAUGAAGAAAAAGAUAAAGGAUGAAUUAGACAGCAGGAAUACCAUUCAGGAAUACAUAUGCCCCAAUUGCGGGAGAAGGUAUUCAGCUUUCGACGCACUACAACUUGUAAGUCUCACUGAUGAGUAUUUUCACUGUGAAAACUGCAAUGGUGAACUUGUUGCCGAGAGUGACAAGCUUGCUGCAGAGGAAAUGGGAGAUGGUGACGACAAUGCUAGAAAACGGAGACGUGAAAAAUUGAAGGACAUGCUUCAGAAGAUGGAGGAGCAGCUUAAACCAUUGGCUGUUCAGAUUGCAAGAGUGAAGGACUUGCCUGUUCCUGAAUUCGGAAGUCUGCAAGCAUGGGAAGCUAGGGCAAAUGCAGCUGCUCGUGCAAAUGGUGAUGCAAAUGCACUGGAUCCAACCAAAUCCUCUCAAGGGCAAGGAUAUAGUGGAACACCAAUGCCGUUUCUUGGGGAGACAAAAGUUGAAGUUGCUUUAUCUGGUGUAGAAGUAAAGGGUGAAGAUGAUGAGUCUGACAAAAAGACUUCGUUAAUGAAGGUUAUACCUCCAUGGAUGAUUAAAGAAGGAAUGAGUCUAACAAAAGAACAAAGAGGAGAUACCGUUAAUGUAGAUAAAAGUUCUGAACUUGGCGAUGACAAAAAAUCAAAAGAUACAAAAGAAGAUGAAAAGAGUAUACAGGAUGAGUAUCUAAAGGCAUAUUAUGAAGCUAUAUUAAAAAGGCAGAAAGAACAGGAAGAAGCUUUAAGAAUGCAACAAGAGAUCGAUAGAGCUCGGAUGCCUGACUAUGAUGGUGUUUCUGAAACAGAACGCCAAGUAGGGAAGAAAGCUAAACGAGGAGUUUAUGAGGAGGAUAAUGUGGAGUGGGAAGAUGCUCCACCUGCUGUUGUUUCAGGUUCAGAUGAAAAGUAUAUACUCGCCGACUUGAACAUGGAGGCCACUGCAUCGGGUGACGAAGACGACGACAUCGACUGGGAGGAAGGCUGAGCCUGAGUCACUUAUCUCAAAAUGAAGGAAACUAGGCCUUGGUUUGUCAUAACAUCUUCCAAGUAAUUCUGUAAUUAUGUGUCUUUUUGUUGCAUUCCUUCUGAAAAAGUCCCAACAAGUUGGAUGGUAGAACAUCAAGAUUGUGCUGAAUUGUGUUGACGUUUGUGGAGUUGUCUAAUUGUAAAUGUAAUGUAAUGUAGUAUUAGUAGGUUCAUUGUCAAGCUACUUUGACUUUUGGUCUAAUUGGAUAAAGACUUGAAGAGGACACGACAA